GCGACUCGCGAGACGCGACUGCCCAAGAGUAAUAUUUUCGGUGCAAAUUAAAAUUAAAUUUACUGUGUACAUAGACAUUUUAAAAUAACUUCUAAUAUGCGCUACGGCUUUACUUAUUUCACUCUGGUCUUAUAGUGUAAAAGCCUUUAUUUGAAAAUAAAAACAUUAAUUAUUUCGCAAAGCUCCCGACUGCGCACCGGCUUACUGAAGCGCUUUGUUACAAAUAUACUCGGCGCAAUUUAAAUCGGCGAGUUUAAUUGUGGAGUGAGCCGGGGAAGAUGUGGAUGUGGUCCGAAUAGAGGACAGCAUGCGGUCUCCCGCGGUCUCCGCGGUCCUGGGGCUGCUGCUGGUCGCCGCAGCCCUCGGGGACAAUUUUGACAUCAAGCUGGGCGGGGUGCCGGGCGAGGAGUGGUCGGGCGGGGGCGUGUCGCACUGCGAGGACGGGCAAUGGCGCUGCGCUGACGGCUCGCGAUGCGUGCCCGUCGCCUGGCGCUGCGACGCGCGCCCGCACUGCCCCGACGCCUCCGACGAGCUCAACUGCGUGUGGAACACGACGUGCAGCGUGGGGCAGUUCAAGUGCACGCGCAGCGGCGUGUGCAUCGCGGCCGCGUGGCGCUGCGACGGCGACGCCGACUGCGGCCCGCACGACGCCUCCGACGAGGACCCCUACAUGUGCGAGAAGUACUUCAAGUGCUGGGGCGGCAUGGCGCGGUGCGCGACGCCGGAGGACGGGCAGUUCGCGUGCGUGCCCGUCGCGCGCUUCUGCGACGGCGUGCGACACUGUCUCGACGGCAGCGACGAGUGGGACAUCUGCGACAACUUUACAGAAAAACAGUGCCCGGAGCAUGGCUGCGACGCGUGCCGGCCGACGCACGAGGGUAUCGCCUGCUACUGCCAACAGGGAUAUGAGUAUAAGAACGGGACUUGUGUCGACAGCGACGAGUGUACGUGGGAAGGGGCGUGCUCUCAGCGCUGCGAAAACUCGGCUGGCUCGUACCGGUGCGGGUGCGCGGCGGGCUACACGUUGGCGGCGGACGGGCACGCGUGCGCAGCGGUCAACGACCCCGUGGGUGCGCCCGCGUCGCUGCUGGUGGUGACGCAGGCGAGCGUGCAGCGCCUGUGGCCCGACUCCCGCCCCCCGCCCGGCAACCACUCCCUGCCCGCGCUCAACGUGCGCGCCAUCGACUUCCAUUACACUAACAGGACGGUGUGCUACAUCCACCACAACAUGAGCCGCGCGGGUCUGGUGUGCGUGCAAGCGGACGACUUCUCGCGCCGCACGCUGCUACCGAUGCCCAACCUGUUUCCGGACCUGGAUUCGGUGUCGCACCUGGCCGUAGACUGGAUCGCGAACAACUGGUACUUCGGCGACGAGGCGCGCGAGGUGGUGUACGCGUGCGACGUGACGCUGCACAACUGCCGCAUGCUCGUCGACGAGGGGCUCAGCAAGCUGCGCGGGUUCGCCAUCGACCCUAUUGCCGGAUUAAUGUUCUGGUCGGCGUGGGGCGGGGCGGCGGCGGGCGUGUGGGCGGGGCGUCUGCGCGGCGGUGGCGCGGUGUCACUGGCGGGUGCGCGGCUCGUGUACCCCGGCGCGCUGGCGACGGACCCGGCGGCGCGCGUGCUUUACUGGGCCGACGCCUACCUCGAGUGUAUAGAGCGGGUCAACUACGACGGCACCAAUCGACACACCGUGCGGCGCGCUUACUCGACACAGAAGCUGCAGCACAUAUCGCUGCUGGAGGACACGCUGUACCUGCCGGUGUGGGCCAACCGCAGCGUGUCGGCCGUGUCGCGCUUCAGCCGCCAGCGGUCGCGCCGCACGCUGCACCUCGACGCCCGACCGACCUCAGUGCUCGUAUACCAUCGACAGCGGCAGCCUAUAGUGUCUCACCCGUGCAGCGUGCACAAGGGCGGGUGCGCGCACCUGUGUCUGACGGACUACCGCAACGGCGCGCCGCACGCGCACUGCGCCUGCCGACACGGGUACCGCCUCGUCGGACAUGGCGAUUGCGAACUGGUGUCGGAGGACGUGUACUUGGCGUUAGCGCGCGGUACGCCGCCGCUGGUGGCGGGCGUGUCGCUGCAGCGCACGCACGAGCCGUUCGCGCCCGCCGCGCACGCCGCUCGCCCCGCCGCCGCCGACGUCGACGUGCGCGGGCAGAUGCUCUACUAUUGUGACGUGCAUAGAUACGAAAUAGUCCGUCAGAAGCUGGACGGGUCGGGGCGGGAGGUGUUCAUCGGUGACGACGUCGACAACUGCGAGGGGCUGGCGAUCGACUGGAUGGGCGGUAACCUGUUCUGGACGGACGACGCGUUGGGUCAGAUCAACGUGGCGCGGCUGGACACACGCGACCGCCGCGUGCUCGUGCGCGAACCCAACUUCAACCCCCGCGCCAUCACCCUCGACCCUGACAACGGCGUGAUGUACUGGUCGGUGUGGGCGUCGGCGACGGCGGCGCGCGGACGCAUCGAGUCGGCGCGCAUGGACGCGUCGCGGCGCCGCACGCUGCUCGACACAGACCUGCACUGGCCCAACGGCCUGGCGCUCGAUAUGACUAGACACCAUCUGUAUUGGUGCGACACAUACCUGAACCGGGUGGAGCGUAUCCAGGUGACGAGCGACGGCAGCAUCAUGCCCGGCGCAACACGCGAACUCAUCAUCAAGGACGGCCCCGAUACGCCCAUAUCCAAGCCCUACGGACUCGCUAUAUAUGAAGGUGAAGUUAUUUGGAGCGAACACGGCUCUGGUCUGGUUCGGCGACUCGCGGCCAACGGCUCGGUGAGCACGCUGCGCUCAUUCCCGCCGCCGCUCUACUCGCUCACACUCGUCGUUGCCUCCGCUCGUGCCGGCAAAAACUCGUGCUCGAACAACAACGGCGGGUGCGCGCAGCUUUGCCUGGCGACAGGCGCGGGCGUGCACAGCUGCGAGUGCGUCGCGGGACUGCGGGCGGACGGCCGCACGUGCGUCCCGUCCGCCGCCGUGCCCGCCCACCAGUGCCCGCCGGAUCGCUUUCAUUGCGGACGCGGACUGUGCAUAGACACGACGUACGUAUGUGAUGGAGAUAUUGACUGCCCGGACGGCUCCGACGAGGACGCAAACGGACAUUGUGCUAAUGUAACUUGCAGCGAGGAUUUCAUGCAGUGUGACAUCCAUCGAUGUAUACCCAAGAGCUGGAUAUGUGAUGGACUCAAAGACUGCUCGGACGGUGCGGACGAGUCGGGCGCCGUGUGCGCGCGUACCGCAUGCGGGGCGGCGCAGUGGGCGUGCGCGACGUCGCGCCGCUGCUUGCCCGCCGCGUGGCGCUGCGACGGCGGACACGACUGCGGACCCAAAGACCACUCCGACGAGGAGGGGUGCAAGACCUUGGAGUGCAGCAACACGAUGUUCAAGUGCGCGAGUGGCGGUUGCGUGCCGUACGAGUACUACUGCGACGGGCACGCCGACUGCGCGGACGUCAGUGACGAGGCCGCCUGCCGCCCCGCCCCCUCCACGCCCACCGCGCCUGCGCCGAGACGUAGACCCACGGUCCAUCACAACGAAACACUUAAACACGGCCUGUGCGAAGAACACGAGUUCCAGUGUACAGACGGCGAGUGCAUACGUUUGGAGUUCCGCUGCGAUCUCCGCGAGGACUGCCUGGACCGCUCGGACGAGGAGAACUGCGAGGCGGCUCGGACGACUACCACUAGCACCACAACCGCGCCGCCCGUGGAUACGUGCGAGCCGCCCGCGCUGCGCUGUGACAACGGCACCCGCUGCGUGCCGCUGCCGCAGCUGUGCGACAACACCGCCGACUGCGCGGACGGCGCCGACGAGGCCGACAGGUGUGGUGAGCCGAUGUGUCUGGUGGCUGCGUGCUCGCACGUGUGCGCGCCGACGCCGCGCGGGCCGGCGUGCGCGUGCCCGCCCACGAUGCGCCUGCGCCCUGACGGCUUCAGUUGCGCACCCGCCGACGUCUGCGGCGAAUGGGGAAUAUGCUCACAGACGUGUCAGCCAUACAAAAACCGUCACAAAUGCACCUGCUACGAGGGCUAUCGUCUCGCUGAUGAUGGAUUCACCUGUAAGAGCACUGAGAGUACAGCGCCACUACUAGUAUUCAGUAAUCGACACGAGAUUCGCGGCAUGGAAUUGCCGUCGUUGCGGUCUCGCGCGCUCGUGUCCUCGCUCAAGAACACGAUCGCGCUUGACUGGCGACGCGACAACGGCGUGCUGCAGCUGUACUGGACGGACGUGGUCGACGACGCCAUCUACCGCGGCACGCUGCUGGGCGAGGUGGUCAGCGGCAUCGAGCCAGUGGUGCAGCAGGGCCUCUCCACCGCCGAAGGCCUAGCCGUGGACUGGAUCGCCGGAAACCUAUACUGGGUCGAGAGCAGCCUGCAUCAGAUUGAGGUGGCACGUCUUGAUGGAAAAUAUCGACGCACUCUGAUUACCGGGGAGCUGGACAGCCCGCGUGCCAUCGCCGUAGAUCCCCGACUUGGCUACGUGUUCUGGACGGACUGGGAACCGACGCUGCCGCGCAUCGAGCGCGCGUCGCUAGCGGGGCGGCGGCGCGUGCGGCUGCUGCGUGCGGAUGCGGACGGCGCUGGGGCGUGGCCUAACGGCCUGGCUCUCGAUCAUCCCGCACGCCGUUUAUACUGGGUAGACGCACGCUCUGACUCAGUCCACACGGCCGACUACGACGGUGGCGAUCGACGCGAGCUGCUGCGCGGCCACGACGCGGUGUCGCACCCGUUCGCGGUCACCGUGUUCGAGUCGCACGUGUACUGGACCGACUGGCGCAGCAACAGCGUCGUACGCGCCAACAAGUGGAACGGCAGCUCCGUCGCGGUGGUGCAGCGCACGCUCACGCAGCCCUUCGAUUUGAAGGUCAUACAUCCCAGUCGCCAGCCGCGAGGCACAACAAACCCCUGUGAACAAAACGGCGGCUGCUCGCAUCUCUGCCUCAUCGACUCGGCGACGGAGCGCGUGUGCGCGUGUCCGCACCUCAUGCGGCUCGCUGCUGACGGCCGCACGUGCGAAGUUCACGAGCGCAUGCUGGUGGUGGCGCGCGCGGGCGAGGUGCGCGGUCUGGCGCUGGAGCAGGCGGCCGAGCUGAUGAUGCCGACCGUCUCCGGCGCCCUCGUCUCCUCCCCCGCCGCGCUCCACGCCCUGCCAGCUGAGUACGCCAUCUUCUGGAUUGAUAUGGACACGUACGAAAUAAAGCGGGCGGACGUGCGUGGAGGUGGCGCGGAGUCGGUGGCAGACAGUGCACUGGCGGGCGCACGCGCGCUCGCUCUGGAUUGGUCGGCGCGUCUGCUGUACGUGUGCGGUGGUGGCGUGCUCGCCGUCAGCGGCCUGCGCGGCGAUCGCACCGCCACGCUGCGUCGCGACGCACCAACUCACGUCUCAGCGCUGCAGGUGCAUCCGCUUAGGGGAAAAUUGUAUUGGGCCACGAACGAUGACGGCGAGGAGCGCAUCGAAACUGCGAACGGUGACGGCAGCGGCCGCCACGUCCUCCUCAAAGACAGUAUGCAUGUUGCCGGCGUGACUAGCUUUGCGAUUGACAUUGAAAAAGAUCGUCUUUACUGGGUUAACCUGGCGUCCGCUGCGAUUGUUUACAUGGACCUGAAAAAGGAAACUGUUCACACUUUGCCGCUGCACAUGGGGGCGCGGCCGGUGGCGCUCGACGUGCACGGAGGGGAGGUGCUGUGGGCGGACAACUCCGAUGCCACGCUGCGUGCGUGCGACAAGGAUGAGUGUGGUGAACCCAGGAUAUAUAAGAACAAUACAGACGGCGUGACGUCAAUCCGUGUGUAUGACGCGGACGCCCAGCGUGGCGCGGGCGCGUGCUCGCUCCGUACGGCGCAGUGCGAGCACUUGUGCGUGUCGCUCAGCGAGUCGCGCAGCAUGUGCGUGUGCGCACAGGGAUACCGUCGCGAUGGACUGCGUUGCUUGCCUCUAGACGAAGCGCUGAUAUACUCGAUGAGCUGGGAGCUGCGCGGGCUUCUGCUGAACGCCACGAACGGCAGCGACACGAGCGCCCUGCCGCCCAUCCCGCAGAUCGCGAACGCGGCGGCCAUCGACUACUACGCGGCGGGCGAGUGGCUGUACUGGGCGGACGGAGAGGCGGGCGCGGCGUGGCGCGUGCGGCGCGACGGCUCCGCGCGCCAGGCGGUGCUAGUGCGCGGUGCGGCGGCGGGCGCGGGCGCUGACGCCCUCGGAGCGCUAGCGGUGGACUGGCUGGCCGGCAACCUUUACUGCUCCGACCCCUCGCGCACUCUGCUGCUGCUGGCGCGCCUCGACGGCUCGCACCGCUACGUGCUGGCUGUCACCGAUCCCUUGCCAGUCACUGCCAUAGCGAUAGACCCGGUAGCGGGCUGGUUGUUCCUGUCAGGUGGCAGUUGGAUCCAGCGUACGCGGCUCGACGCCUCCGCUCCGGAACUGCUAUACAACGGCACGGCGCUGUCCGACAUAGCGCUAGAUGUACAGGGUGGCAUGGUGUACUGGACGAACACGUACUCGCCGAGCGUGUGGCGUAUGCGCUACGACGGCUCGGGCCAGGCGCAAGUGCUUGCGGGCGCGCCGCUACGCUACCCGCUCGCGCUGACCGUCCACCGUGCGCAUCUCUACUGGCUUGACACGAUGCUCGGUAACGGCAGCGUGGCGGUGGCUCCGCUGACCAACCUGAGCGACUACAGAAUCGUCAUCGAUAAAGUCGGCGAUAGUCUCAAAGAUUUGCUCAUAUGGUCCUCGGAGUCGCAGCAGGCGCCGGCCGGGCGUGCGAUGAGCGCGUGCGCGGUGGACAACGGCGGGUGCGAGGCGCUCUGUCUGUGGGACGGCAAACGCGCGCGCUGCGCAUGCCCGCACGCCGACCUCGCGCCCAAUGGCAAGAAUUGCACACCGUACAAAUCUUUCUUGAUGUACUCCCGCCUAACACAAAUCGACACCAUACACUUUGAGGACGAGAAAAACUUGAACUCCCCAUACCCGCCUAUUGAAAAUAAAACGUUGAUGCGCAACGCGAUAGCUCUAGCUUACGAGUACGACACGACGACGAUCUUCUACUCCGACAUCCAGCGUGGCUCCAUCAACGCGGUGCACUUCAACGGCAGCGAUCACCGCGUGCUACUCGAACAGGCGGGUUCUGUGGAGGGCAUGGUGUUCUCGGCGGAUAGCGGUAUGCUGUACUGGACGUGCGCCAGCACCGCCACCAUCAAGGCCGCCAACAUCCGCGCGAUGCGCGCCGACGCCACGCGCUUGCCCGCCGCGUCGAACGCGCACGUGCGCACCGUGCUUACUCUCACGCCCGGGGACCGUCUGCGUGGUAUUGACUACGAGCCCUGCCAGAUGCGACUCUACUGGACAAAUUGGAACGAGUCGCGACCGUCGAUCGAGCGGGCGUUCGUCAGCGGCGCGGGGCGGGAGGCGAUCGUGACGACGGAGAUCCUGAUGCCGAACGGCCUGGCGCUGGAGCACCGCUCUCGGCUGCUGUACUGGAUCGACGCGCGGCUCGACAAGCUGGAGCGGAUGCACUACGACGGCUCGCACCGCGCGGUGGUGACGCGGUCCUCCGCCACGGAGCACCCGUUCGCGGUGGCGGCGGGUGGCGGCUGGCUGUUCUGGACGGACUGGGUGGCGCGCGCCGUGUUCCGUGGAGACCGCGCGGGCCGCGUCGCCACGCUACGCCGCGACGUCAUGCGCCCCUGUUCCGUCGUCGUCGUCGCGCCCAACCAUCAGCACUGCGCAUCGGAUCCGUGUGCUAUGGACAACGGUGGGUGCGCGGAGACGUGUACGCUGGACGCGAGCGGGCACUCCAGCUGCGGCUGCGGUGAGGGUCGGGAGCUGCAGCGUGACGGACGCUCUUGCGGCGCGCCGCUCCCCAACCACUGCCCGCCAGAGCGCUUCGCCUGCGCCGAGGGGCCUUGCCUGCCCGAGCACCUCGUGUGCGACGGCGUCCCGCACUGUAGCGACGACAUCGGCGCUAGUGAUGAGGACCUCUACUAUUGCACGUCUCGCGAUUGUCCGGCUAACUACUUUCCGUGCGGCACCGGGGGGCGGUGCCUGCCAAUGACCUCUAAAUGCGACGGCCGGCCCGACUGCGAGGACGGCGCCGACGAGCUCGGCUGCGACUGUCUAGACUCACACUACAAGUGCAACGACGGCACGUGUGUUGAAGCGGGGGCUCGAUGCGACGGCGCGGCCCAGUGCCCGGACGGCUCGGACGAGGUGGCCUGCCCGCACUGGAGCUGCGCGUCGUUGGGUGACGGCGCGUUGCGCUGCGCCUCGGGUGACGCGUGCUACGCGCCCGACAUGCGCUGCGACCGCCUGCGCGACUGCACAGACGGGAGCGACGAACUGGAUUGCCCCGCGGACACUACAACGAGUUUGUCGAUGAACAGCGAAGAAGAUACGUUCGAGGAGCAGCCGCUGCUGGGGUGCUCGCAGGAGCAGUUCGAGUGCGGCGGCGGGGGCGGAGGGGGCGGCGCGGUGGAGUGCAUCCCGCUAUCCUGGCGCUGCGACGGUAGACUCGACUGCACCGAUGGCUCCGACGAAACCUUGCAUUGUAGCCACAAAAACACGACAUCAUGCGGACCGGAGACGUUCCGGUGCGGCGCAUCGGGGGCGUGCGUGCCGGCGACGGCGUUCUGCGACGGCGUGACGGACUGCCCGCGCGGGGAGGACGAGGCCCGCUGCGCCUGCCCCUCCGGCUCCUUUCGCUGCGCCUCAUCAGCGCACUGCCUUGAUACGAAAUUGUAUUGCGACGGGGACAAGGACUGCGAGGACGGGUCGGACGAGCCGCCGGGGUGCUCGGCGCGCGCAGCGGCGGCGGCGGAGGGGGCGGAGUGCGCGCGUGGCGUGCGCUGUGGCGGCCGCUGCGUCGACGAGCCGCUCGUGUGCGACGGCCGCGACCACUGCCAGGACGGCAAAGCCAACGGCACCGGGUCCGACGAGGAUCCUUUGGCGUGCUCGUCUUUUGCGUCUGCAUUCGGAACGGAGGCGGAGGCGAGCGCGGCGGUCGCGAGCGGCGAUGGAUGUGCGGGCGCGUGGCGGUGCGGUAACGGCGCGUGCGUGCCGCUAUCUGCGCUGUGCGACGGCCGCGACCACUGCGGCGACUACACCGACGAGUGGCGAUGCAACGUAAACGAGUGCGUGCUUCUGAACGGCGGGUGCGCUCACAACUGCACGGACCUGCCGGUGGGCCGCGCGUGCUGGUGCCGGCCCGGCUGGCGCCGCGACCCGCGUGACCGCCGCGCCUGCACCGACGUCGACGAGUGCGCCGAGGACCACCCCUGCGACCACCACUGCCGAAACACGAUAGGAAGUUACGUGUGUUCCUGCGCCGAGGGCUAUCGUUUGAUGGAAGACGGGUCUAGCUGCGCAGUUAUUUCCUCGGUGAAACCGUCGCUGAUUUUCACGAACCGCUACUAUAUCCGUCGCACGUCACUGCGCGGGCGCGGCGCGACGUCGCUCCUCGUGCACAAUCUCACCAACGCCGUCGCGCUCGACAUGCACUGGGCGAGCGGCUGUUUGUUCUGGAGUGACGUCACGCGCCUAGGCUCCUCCAUCCGCCGCCUGUGUCGACCCUCGCUCGAUGAAGAGAGCUUGAGCGGCGGGGGGAAGGAGGAGGCGGCGCUCGUGGCGGGCGCGUCGCUGCAGAACCCGGACGGGUUAGCGGUGGACUGGGUGGGGUCGAACGUGUACUGGUGCGACAAGGGCACCGACACCAUCGAGGUGGCGCGGCUGGAUGGCUCGCACCGCCGCGUGCUGCUGCGACACCGACUGUCGGAGCCCCGGGCGCUCGCGCUGCUGCCGCAGAAGGGAUGGAUAUACUGGUCGGACUGGGGGUCCGCGGCUCACAUCGGGCGCGCGGGCAUGGACGGGUCGGGGCGGCGCGUGCUGCUGGGCUCGGGUCUCGGCUGGCCCAACGCGCUCACCCUGGCGCCCGCCUCCAACGAGCUGUACUUUGCCGAUGCGAGAGAGGACUUUAUAGCUGUUGCUGAUCUUGAUGGAAAUAAUAUGCGAGUGCUGUUUUCGAGAGAUAAAAUGCCGUGGCUGCGUCUUCACCACGUGUUCGCGCUGGCGACGUGGCAGGGCCGCCUGUACUGGAGCGACUGGGAGACGCGCGCCAUCGAGAGCUGCCGACGCCGCCCCGAUCGCCACUAUAAUGAAUCGGAGAACACGCCCCCGGAGAGCGGCGGUGCGUACCGCUGUCGAACGGAAGUCCACACGCUGCACAAGCCCAUGGACUUACGCGUAUUACACCCCGCGCGCCAACCGCCCGCACCCGAACUGAGCGCGGCGUGCGCCCGCCUCGACUGCGCCGGCCUGUGCCUGCUGCGGCCGCACGACGACGGUGCCGAAGCUACGUGCGCCUGCCCCGAACACUUCGUCCUGCAGGACGACGGCCGCAGCUGCAAGCCCAACUGCACGUCAGCGCAGUUCAUCUGCAGUACUGCCCUCAAGUGCGUGCCGUUCUGGUGGCGCUGCGAUACACAGGACGAUUGCGGCGACGGAUCAGACGAGCCGGAGUCGUGUCCGGCAUUCCACUGCUCGCCGGGCCAGUUCCAGUGCGAGAACGGCCACUGCGUGCAUCCUUCGCACAUCUGUGACGGCGAAUCACACUGCGGUGACGGCAGCGAUGAAGUUGACUGCGAUCAGUUUACGUGUCUGUCGACGCAAUGGAAGUGCCGCGGCAACGUGACGGCGGGAGUAGCGGCGCGCUGCAUCCCGUCCGGCGCACGCUGCGACGGCGAGCCCGACUGCCACGACGGUGACGACGAGCGCGACUGCCCGCCGCCUACCUGCCCGCCCCAUCACUUCCAAUGUGGUGACGGCGCGUGCGUGCCGAGCGUGUGGGUGUGCGACCAGGACGCAGACUGUGCGGACGGAUCCGACGAGGGCACGGCGUGUGCGGCACGAGAGUGCGAGCGAGGCGAGUUCCGCUGCGCGUCGGGCCGCUGCAUCCCGCGCGAGUGGCUGUGCGACGGCGAGCCCGACUGCCUCACCCGCGAGGACGAGGGCCAGGCGCAGUCCGCGUGCCGCGCCUGCGAACCCACGUACUUCCGCUGCGGCGACGCGCGUUGCAUCCCCGGCCGCUGGCGCUGCGACUUCGAGGAGGACUGCUACGACGGUUCCGACGAGCGCGACUGCACGCCGCGCAACUGCUCCGAGUCCGAGUUCCGCUGCGGCAACGGCGAGUGCAUCCGCGGCUCGUUGCGCUGCUCCGGCGCGGCCGAAUGUGCGGACGGCGCGGACGAGGCGGGCUGCGCCACCGCCUGCGGACCCAACGCUCGUCUGUGUCCGAACUCCAGAGAGUGUUUGCUAGAGGAGUGGUGGUGCGACGGCGAGGUGGACUGCGGCGACGGAGCGGACGAGGCGCAGUGCGGCGCUGACGCACACGAAACACCUGUAGGGACCAACAACACUGCCGCGAGUGCAGAAGGCGGGUGCGGAGCGCGUUUGCGGUGCGGCGGACGAUGCGUGCCGCGCGCGUGGCGCUGCGACGGCCGCCGCGACUGCCCCGACGGCGCUGACGAGGCGGCAGCACUGUGCGCUCAUACUGCCUGCCCACCGCCUAUGCUCAGAUGCGGUAAUGACACGUGCGUACCACCCAACCUGCUGUGCGACGGCUACGACGACUGCAGCGACGCCAGCGACGAGAACCCGCACCUAUGUAUGCGUCGGGGAGUGCUUGAGGAUAUGGAUAUUCCCGAUCUCGACGAAUCUAUGGACACUAGUAUCGAGGCCAACGAUCGUGUUUGUUCGUGGAGCGCGUGCCCGCAGGUGUGCCUGCUGCGAGGACACAACCGCACCUGCAAGUGUGUUCCGGGAUACAGACAGCAUCAGAUGCAUGACGGAACACUCGGCUGCGAAGCGACCGGCGAGAAGGCGCGAGCGCUAGUAGCGGGCGGUGGCGCGCUGCGCCUGCGCGAGCUGUACAAACACGACCACGAUGCCCCGCCCCCCGCCCCCGACACGACGGAGAUAGUAUCAGUGGGGGCGGCGCCGCUGGGCGGAGCGUGGUGGGUGUGGUGGGGCGACGAGCGCGGCCGCGUGCGCCGCAUGCGUCUCACGCCUGCGCCUAAGCGGCCCGCGCGCGCCGUCGACCGAGUCGCUACACCGCCCCUUCCGGACGUGUUACCCCCGAUGGUCAAGGCGGAGACUAUUAUUAAAGAGGAAGGAACGAUCCGCGGCGUGGCUGUAGACCCGGUGUCGGGGCGCGUGUACUGGACGGUCGUGUACUCGACGGGUGCAGGCGGCUCGGGCGAAGGCCAGGGCGCCGUGCGGGCUGCGGAGGCCAACGGCCGUCGCGCGGUCACGCUGUGGACCCGUGCCGCCGCCGAGCCCGACGACAUCGUGCUGCAUCUUGACACCGGCGACAUAUUUUGGAGUGAACGCGGCACCAUGCCAGGCGUAUGGCGUGCGGACGGUGCAGGUGGAGACGCGCGUCCGCUGCUGCGGCGACGACUACGGCGGCCGGGCGCGCUAGCGCUGCACGCACCGUCACGUCGCCUCUACGUAUACGACGCCUACUACGGCACGCUCGAGAGCGUCUCGCUCGACGGCACGCAGCGUGCUCUGCACGCGCUCUUCGCGCCGCCAGCCGCUGCACUCCCGCCGCAUAUACCCCCGCAUACCGAAAACAGUACAUGGGAGGUGGUGGGCGGUCGCGGCUGUGCACGUCUGGGCGUGUGGGAGGAGUGGGUGUGGUGUGGCGGCGCGCGCGGCCUGCAGCUGGUGGCCCGCCGGCCCCCGCGCGCCCCGCUUGCCACCCGCACCCGCCCCGCCGCCCGCCACCGCGCCGCAGUCUCCGCGCUCGCCGUGAUGCACCCCGUGCUCUUCCUGGCCAUAGACGACAUCGAGGACCCGUGCGCGACCAGCGCAUGUCACACGAGUGCCCUGUGCGUGCGCACCUACAGUACGCGCGCCUGCCUUUGUCCCGAUGGACUGACGCCCUCCACGGACAAGGCUGAUGAACACCGUGAGUGCGUGGGGCCAAAAGAGUCGAGUGGAACCGGAGGCGUGGCGCCGUCGUGCGGGCUAGCGUGCGGCGCGGGUGCGUGCGCGUUGCGCGGUGACACCGCAGCGUGCGCGUGUCCGGCGGAGUGGGCAGGCGCGCGCUGCGAGCUCUACCGCUGCGCCACGUACUGCCACGGGCACGGCACGUGCCGCGCCGCGCCCGCCGCGCCGCACACGCACGUGCACCCCGACCCACUACCCGACCUAGAGUGCACGUGCUACGCGGGCUGGACGGGCGCACGGUGCGAGCGUGCUGAGGACGCGUGCGCGCGCGCCGCCUGCACCAACGGCGGCACGUGCCGGCGGUUACACGCUGCCGCGGCGUACUGCGCCUGCCCGCCCGGCUACACCGGCGAGCACUGCGAACGCUGCGCCGACGACGACUCCGGCGCCAUCUGCAGACUCUGCCAGCCCUACUGCGCCAACAACGGUCCGUGUCCGGCGGGCGUGGAGUGUCCGUGCACGCCGGCGGGGGCGGCGCCGUGCAACGCCAGCGCCCCGCCCCCCUCGCACGCCGCGACCCCCGCGCAGAUCCCACCGCGGCCCGGCGCUAGAGACGGGGAUGCAGAUAAACUUCUGUCAGAAAAGCCCAGAAAGUGGGUAUUACUUUAUAUGGGUUACAGCUAA